CACUCUAAGAAAAUCAAACUGAUGAAAUCGGAUCCAUGGCGGCUACAACGACCUCCGGCGACGUACCACCGGAAACACAAGCGCCGGCGCAAUUGAUUCCGUUGUUACCAGACGACGUUGCUCUGAAUUGUCUUGCGCGCAUCACUAGAUGUCACCAUCCAUUUCUCUCACUCGUCUCCAAGACUUUCCGAUCUCUCCCCACAUCGCCUUUGCUCUACGCGACGAGAUCUCUCGUCGGAGCUACUGAAAACCUACUCUAUGUUGCAAUCCGUUUACCUCCUGAGUCUGGUGCGUGUUGGUUCACUCUAAUCCAUCGAACCUUAUCAAGCUCAACGAAUUCGAGUAUGCUUGUUCCAAUCCCGUCUUGUCCUUCACCGUCUCUUGUUGGAUCCGCUUACGUCGUUGUGGAUUCGGAGAUUUACGUAAUCGGUGGAUCUAUAAGAGACGUGCCUUCUUCGAGCGUGUGGGUUCUUGAUUGCAGAUUCCAUACUUGGCGACGAGUCUCAAAUAUGAGAGUAGGUCGUGAAUUUGCAGCAGCUGGUAUAAUUGAUGGGAAGAUUUAUGUGAUUGGAGGAUGUGUUGUUGAUAAUUGGGCUCGAUCGAUUAAUUGGGCAGAGAUGUUUGAUAUAAAGACUCAAACUUGGGAGCCAGUAGCUAGUCCAGGUAUGGAGGUGCGUGAGAAAUGGAUGCACGCAAGUGCUGUAAUGGAAGGGAAGGUUUACGCAAUGGCUGAUAGGAACGGUGUUGUUUACGAGCCCAAGGAAAAGAAAUGGGGUGUGCCAGAGAAGAGGCUUGAUUUGGGAUGGAGAGGAAGAGCUUGUGUGAUUGACAACAUAUUGUAUUGCUAUGAUUACUUGGGGAAGAUUAGAGGGUAUGAUCCAAAAGAGAGGGUCUGGAGAGGGCUGCAAGGUGUGGAAUCACUUCCAAAUUUUCUUUGUGGGGCUACAAUGGCGAAUCGUGGUGGAAAGCUUGUGGUGUUGUGGGAAGGUAAAGCGGGUAGUGGCAGUUCUAGGAGAAUGGAGAUUUGGUGUGCAGAGAUUGAUGUUGAAAGGCGCGGAGAAGACGAGAUUUGGGGGAAGAUCGAUUGGUCUGGUACUGUCCUUACGGUUCCUAAUGAAUCUGCUAUUGUGAAUUGCUUGGCAGCUACAGUUUGAUGAUGAUGCAUACAGGUUUGACGUCUCUGAACCAACAUCAUCUACCAUGCUCUACCGCACAGGCCUGCUUUUGAUUCAGUAUGGUUAGUUCUGUUAUGUUUGUGUGUGAGUAGCUAUUAUUGUGAUAAGCAUAGUGAUUUACACGGCCUCGCCGGAAAAUGGUGGAUCAACAAAGAAUAUUCCUUGGCCUGAGUCCCUGAGCUAAUAUGAAACAACUCACCGAUGUAAUGGAGUUUAUAAAUUUACUUCUGAACUUUUGAGGGUUAAAACAGCCCUCUUCUGCAUGUUGUUGCCUCAUUUCUUUUGUUGUAUUCCAUGAGAAAGCUACUUUCAGAUUUCAAUAAUACCAGUAAAAACUGUGUCCGUA